CUUAUGUCAAAAUUUGUGUCUGUAUAUGUUUAUAUUUAACGUUUUUUUAACUAAGAUUUUUAUUGUUCCAAAAUUUGAGUCGAAUAACCAAUCAAAGCGUUUUUUGACUGAAAUUCGAAAUAUUUUUAUCAUAAUAAAAUGGGUGAUUCCUCUAACAAGGAUCAGUAUGACCAAGCCCUUGUUUCCAUCUUAGAAAAUGAAAAAUCGAUUCUUGGAUUUCUGUCCACCAUAUUUUCCUUUCUAGCGAGACGAACUGACUUUUAUUAUGUACCUAAAGAUCCAAAUGAAAAUAUGGGCUUUCCGCCUGGUGUAGCUGAAGAACUAGUUGUAAAAGUCUUAAGAAAAUGCGACCCCAAAACAUGGAAACUAAGUGAUUCGAAAGCCGAUGAUAUUAAUGAUGAGAUCAUGUGUUCAACCGUGGCCCAGGAGGUAGAAAUUGUAGAUGAAAGUUCUAGUCACAGCAUACCUACGUCUACCACUGAUAUGUGCCAACACUCCUCUCAAGACGAAGAUAAAAAAGACUCUAUUAAAAGUGAUAAAUCGAAUCUCCCGAAAAACUAUAAGACACCACCUGUUAAACCAGCUGGGAGAUUUGACAAUAUACCAGUUGGGCCACCAGCCAUUAUUCCAUUACAAAAUAGUGAAUCAUAUAAUGGAGCUGUAAGAGAAAAGUAUACAUGGUCACAGUCUAUUAUGGACUUGGAUAUAAUUAUAAAACUACCCUCCCAUGUUAAAUCAUCAAAAGAUUUAAAAGUGAAGAUACAAUCAGCUGACAUCUGUGUGGCAACACGCAGUGGCGAAAUUAUCAUCAAUGACUCUUUUCCGUUUAAGAUUAAGGCAUUUGAAAGUGUUUGGAGUUUGAGCGAGGGGAGGCUACUUAUUCAUUUAGAAAAAGGCCAAGAGCGUUGGUGGAACAAAUUAUUGAAUGGAGAAGAAGAACUUGAUUUGGAUAAACUUGACUGCUCCAGACCGCUUGCCGAGUUGCCGGAAGACCAUAUUGAAAAGGUCAGAGAACUUACAUGGAAUCAGGACCAGAAGAGGAAAGGACUUCCCACUAGUGACGACAUACGGAAUAUCGAAGUUUUAAAGAAAGCCUGGAACAGCCCUGGAUCUCCGUUUCAAGGCAAAGAGUUUGAUCCAAGUGUUGUUUAUAAACAAUAAUGUAAUUAUUUGGCAACGCUGAUAUUACCUAUAUCUGAAAUAAUAUAUAAUUUAUACUUCUAUUUAUAUUAACAUGUUUAUUCCAAGACAUCUUAGCAAUUUGCUUGAUGGCAGUAAAAAUGUAUCAUAGGUAUAAGUCAAUGUAAUUACACUUAUGAUUGUCAAAA